AUGUCCGCCUUCGUAACCGGGAACGCCAACAAGCUCAGGGAGGUUCGUCAAAUCCUCGGCGCCGUCGGUAUUGAGGUCGACUGCCAAGAGCUUGACAUUCCGGAAGUGCAAGGAUCGACGCGCGACGUCGCGAUCGCCAAGUGCAAGCGUGCUGCUGAACUUUUAGGCCGACCAUGUAUUACCGAAGACACCGCGCUCUGCUUCGAGGCCCUCAACGGACUGCCCGGGCCAUACAUCAAGUAUUUCCUCACGGAACUCGGUCAAGACGGCUUGAAUAAGCUGCUUGUCGGCUUUCCAACGACAGCGGCCUGGGCGCUGUGCACAUUUGCCUAUAGCCCCGGCCCUGGACACGAGCCGAUAUUGUUUGAAGGACGGACAGAUGGCCACAUAGUCCCUGCCCGGGGCCCAGGUUCAUUUGGUUGGGAUCCUUGCUUUGAGCCCAACAACACCGGAAAAACGUACGCUGAAAUGCAAGCAGAUGAGAAGAACAAGAUCUCACACCGUGGUCGCGCCCUAGCCAAAUUGGAACAAUACCUCCGGUCUCUGCCAUCUACAGCCCAGUGA